AUGCAACCACCUGCCCGCUCCCUCUCCCAGACAACAACACUCAAACCCCUCGACGAUGGUCCCACCGGUGCUGGAGGCAUCACUCUCCCCUCGGAAGACGAAGCCCGCCGUCUCUUCGAGAGUAUGACCUUCUUCAUCGGGUACACGCAGCAUCACAUCGAUACGCGCGAGUUCUCGGACCGCCUCGCCUUCUUCUACGCCAACCUGGGUGAUACGUCACAGGCUAUAUCACAGGUGCAAAUGCCGUGGUAUCUCGAGAUGCUGCUUGUCUUUGCCAUUGGGAAGCUUUUCUCUGGUGGCUUCGACGGGGAGGAGAAGGGCGGGGGCUUGCCGGUUCCUGGGGCGAGCAUGUUUGCGCACGUACAGGCUAGGUUGCCGAGUUUGAGCGAGCUGUAUGGGCUGGGCAAGCUGGGCAUCGAGAUUCAUGCUUUGGCGGCGGUAUAUUUGCAGAAUGCGAAUCGUAAGGAAGAGGCGUAUCUCUAUAUCAGCUCAGCCCUUCGGCUGGCCACGACGCAUGGAUAUCAUCGCAAGUCGGGGACGCAACACUUGUUACAAUCGGAAAAGGUGCAUCUGAACCGUCUCUGGUGGACUGUGUAUAUGCAAGAGAGACGACUCGCGGCAGCAACUGGCAACCCUGCUGGGAUUCUUGACGAUGUUAUUGAAAUCGAUAUGCCGACAGACUCGCCAGGCUUCCCGCCAGCGCUCCCUCUGCGAACCAAUAUCAAAAUCGCGAGGGUUACUGGAAGGAUCCUAUCAACGAUUUACGGGCCAGGGAACCACCCAGAGGAGACGUUCGUGCCAAACGUGCAAGAAAUUGUCCAGUCAUUGUACUGGAUUGCCAAGGAGAUCCCAGGCGAGUUCUCGCCCAAGCUGUCAGAUAUGCCGUCCAUGGAAGGAGACGUAUCUUUGAGAACAUCGGCGUAUCUUCACAUGAUGCUAUACCAGGCGAUUCUACUGACGAUACGACCUGUGAUGCUCCACGUCUCAAAACUGAUAUUUGACGAGGAAAGUGGAGGAAGUCUAAGCUUGGGAUCCUCGCCACUCGGGAGAUUGAGUCGAACGUGUUCAGAAGCGGCCCGUCGACUGUUGGAGGUCCUGAUGCUGCUACGGAAGAGGAACAUCUUAACAACUUUUGGCUUCUUUGAUUUGGACGCCAUCUUUUCGGCUGCUUUCAUCAUGAUCCUGACGAUGACGAUCGACUCGACCUGCGACGAGAGUCAGAAAUUGGCACCCAGCCCAGGAUUAUCAGAAGCAUUGGAGAUUCUCGACUACCUCGUGGGCCGCGGUAACGAAUUUGCGCUCCAGCGGGCUAGAGAAGUCAGGCGGAUGCGAGACCAUCUGUCCACGUUUCUGGACAUUCCCAAGAACAGCCCGAGCGAGUUUCGGUCAAAUCCCCCCGUGGCUACAGGAUCGGGACCCGGCGGCGAGCAGCAGUCGCCCGCAACGUUGGCGGUGUCUACGUCGUCAGAGGAAAAGGGUGCCGGUGAGGAUGCCAGAUCACGUCAGCAGAGCUUCCGAGAUAUGACGAUGCGAGGUUCGGUGGAGAGAGGGGGGCUGACACCGUCGGGGAGUAGCAGGGCGAGCCAACUGGGAUCGAGGAGUCUACUGGACUCGAGUUUGUGGAACGAUAUUUCGUAUCUUUGGAUGCAACCCGCCCCAGGAGCUGAGGAUUCGCAGGCGUUUGACCAAACGGAAGGGAUGGCUGACCUGUUGCCCGAAGAUGCGUAUAAUUGGAACUCGAUCUACCACAACCAGGAUCUAGCCCUGACUGGUCAAGAUCUGGGGGAUUUUGGAGAAUUGGAGAGGCAUAUCCUAGGAUUCGGCGGAUAA